AACACAUCCCCACCAUAUUGGUGACGUCACGUGUCAUUGUACAUGGAUUUUUUCUUUUUUAUUUCUUCAAAUAUAAGAGGAUUUUUCAAUAUUUAAAAAUUAUCCAAAUUAUAAAAGAACAGUUUCAGAAUUAAAUUAAAUUUAUCUCAUUCAUUCCAUUUUGUUUCUACUAAAUUCCAUAUUACGAUCAUUAAAUGAAGGUAAAAUAAAUGUAACAAUGUUUUCGAAAGGUUGUCUGUGUGGAUACGCAUUUCUCAAAAACCAUAUCUAGAUUUAGACAAUUUAAUAAUAUUGUUUGAUUAAAAAGAACUCCAUACAUAUUACAAAAAAUAUUCGUAUAGACUUUUGUGCUCAGUGCUAGAGAAGAGCAGAAGAGGUUAGAAAUAGUAUGAAAGAUGGAAAACAGGAACAGUUUCAAUCUCUUUUCCAAAUGAUUUAAAGGAAUCUAUGAAGUAAAUUAUAAAUUAACAUACAGACACAAGACUUAAUGAUCUAUAAAAGCUGCUGGACAUCUUUAAUUUAUAAAUGUUUUUGCUUUUCAACUUUAGUAAACUCUAAGAAAUCUAUUUGUAAUAAUGGCAUGAUGUGAGUAAGGUGUAACUUUGUAAUCAUUUAUUUGCCCCUAUUUUAAAAUGGUCCGAAAAAAUGCUACAAUGAAAAAAUACAUUUUAAACUACAACAAAGAAGGAUCUACAGUCACAACUAUAAAAAAAUGGGAUAUUAUCAAGGAACACUCCUUCAAUAUCUCGGUUGAAAAUGCAAGAUCUGGAAAAAUUAGACCAAUUAUUGACCCUAAUGUACUACUUUUACCGAGGAAAGAUGCCACAUUAUUCGGCACAUUACCUAAAUUGGAGAAUAGGGUUUAUAGUAAAUGCAUACAAUGUAACAGAGUAUUUAAUCCUGUGGAUAUAUUAUCACACUGUUCGAAAUCACCUCAUUUCAAGUACCAUACUACUCUAAAGAGUGAAAUAAAACAUAAAAAAGAAGUCAGAUUUUUUAAGAAACCUUUUCCUCCACCACCUUCACCAACUUCAGUGGAGCCAAUGAGCAGUUCUCCAGUUGAAGUUAAACUCUCUGUAAUGAGAUUAAAUCCGCCUAAAGAGCACAACCCCAGCACCAAGGCCAUAUCUUCUAGCCGUCACACUUUUAAAUCCUCAUCUGGCCAUCAUCAGAAAGGUAGUUCUUUGAGCCAAGAAAAUCUUAAAAGUUCCUCACUUCACCAUGAUCAUUCCUCAACCAGUCCCUCUUCGAACAGUCAUAGCAAUAAGCACAAAAAAUCCUCGUCGAGUUCUCCAAGGAAGAGUGUCAGUAGCACUGCCAUCAGUUCAGCUACCAGCAGCAGUAAAGUGCAGGUUAAAGAUUACGAUCCUGAUGUGCACUGUGGUGUUAUAGAGGGCAAUAAGGGGGCACCAUGUAUGAGGUCAAUUACGUGCUCUUACCAUAAAAUGCAAUUAAGAAAAUUAGUUCCUCGCAGUAAGGACAUUCACCAGCUAAUAGCCGAAAGAAAGGCUGCAAAGGAAAAAGACUCGAAGCACUCGGCCGCCUCUUAUACGGCCCCAAACGAAGAAGCGAAAGAAAGUUUAAAUCAGCAUACCUCCUACGUUCCCGUUGUGGCAAAAAUUGCCACCACAAACGCAACCAUUGAGCAGCAAUCGGUCUCUAAUUCUUAUGUGCCCAUAAUGCCUCGGGCUGUUAAUCAUACUAGACAAUUAGCUACCUCUCUAAUUACAUCAGCGAUGUCUAUGGAAAACGAGAAAAAAUCUCCGAUAGCUCUUACUAAUGGUUAUGUUUCGCAUACACAAAAUAGCGAGAACAUGCAAGACAAUGUUGGAACUGUUCCUGUAUUAGUACAAGUACAAUUUUUGCAGAUCAACAACUAUAUAGUAUCUUUAGAAUCGCCUCAGUCAGCCGGAAGUAAACCGCUGACUAAGCAAUCGGUCGUACUACCCAUUCAGAACAAUUCAAACAAUGUCAAAAUGUAUAAGUCUCAUCCAAAACCGGUGAUGUUGCCGACUUUUGAAGCCAGGCGCGUAGGAGGUUCUUUUUUACUGGCCAACCCACUUCUCGAAAGCGAGAGAAACGAAUUAUUGACUGCCCUAAAUCGAACCAGAGAGACUAUAGCAAAUAAUAACAGAGAGUUGUGUCAUAUCAACAACAGCGGAAAUAGAACCAAUUGCAAGAGACCAGCCAGUGAUACCCUGGUCACUAGAGAUAGCAAAACACUUAUAAUCCGUUAGGAUUCGUUUUCCAUGCUGACGUAAGCGAAUCGGCUGACACACCACUGCGAGCUUGAACACCGUUCAAGGAUAGGUGGCGCUGUUAAUGAUAUUACUGUUUGUGGAAAAAGUCUUUUUUUCAUUUGAUUUUUGUUGUUGUGGGGAUUGCUGUUGCUGUCUAAUGGAGAAUCCCCAUUUAUCAACUAAAAAAACCAAAAAUGUACUCUUUUAGUUUCAGGUCACUUCAAAUUCAAAGCAGUACAGAGUUUCAUGGUCGUGAUCCCUUGAAUGGUUAUGUUUUCUGCUUGUGUUUUACUGAUAUUUUCUAGUACAUUUCAAAGAAAAUGUACUACAACUAUCAAAUGAUCUGCGUUCUUCACAUUCUAUAUUCCUGCCCCUAUUUUAUUUGAUUCUUCAUAUAAUUUCCUAUAUCAGGUAAAUCUCCCAAAAACUUCUCGUUAGUUAAUAAUUAACUAUUCGUUUAUAUAUUAUCUGUGGACUUUUUUGUCUAUAUGGUUGGAGAUCUGAGUGACAAUUUGAAAAGAAUGUACUACCUCUUAAAAUUACAUUGAAUGAUUAUAUGCUUCUAUUAAUUAAUUUAUACAUAAAAUUAAAUUGAAUUAUUAUAUGCUUCUAUUAAUUAAUUUAUACAUAUUUCUUUUUAAUUGAAUGAUUUUUAAAAUUAAAUUAAAUAAAAAAAUAAAUUGCUUCUAUUAAUUAAUUUAUACAUCUUCUUUAUUAAGGCUAUUUUAGAUAUGUUUGCUAAUAUUAAGGUAAACUGUCAAAAUACUUUGUUUAUUUUUUUUUCUUAGAAAGAAUAGUUUUGGAAAGGCUACAGGUUUUCAUGAAUUUUUAUGAAACGUCUUUCCUUGACAAGUGUUUCAGUUAUAGAUUUUUGCGCACGAUACACUUACUACCGAUAUAUUCUAGCGCAGCUUGUGACGAUGUAGGGUAAUGUAUUAACUCAGAUGACAUAAGGCGCAAAAUCGAUGCAAUUCUUUUCAAUAUGUAGCGUAUAGGUAGUAAGUGGUAUCGUUUUUUGUACAAUUUUACUUUAUGUUUAUUUUUAAGUUGUCCCAGUAUUAAUUAUAUUUUGUUCUAUUUUCUUUUUUAAUACAUUAUAUUUGAAAAAAAUACGCAUUCCAAUAUUUUAUCCAAUUAUUGAUUUUAUAUUCACUAGCAGGGGACAAUUUAUAUAUUAUUUAUUCUGCUUUAUAUAGUGUUGUAUUAACAUGAAGCUCUGAUGUUGUUUGCUAUACACUGUGACAUUAUGUACUAGUUGAGUGCAUUCUUUUUAGUAUAUAGGAAUAUACCUCUCUGUGUUAUAUGUUUAAUUAUGUUUAUAGUAACUUAUUUUGAUCAUACUUGGACAAUGUGUUUUUUUUUUAUUUAAACUCCUUUUUUAAGAUAAGUGAUACUUGUUAAAUAAGGUUUAAAAUAAAUAUUUCAACUAA